AUGAAUAACAGUAACAAGCGAGCUAGAGUGAACUCCACUCGGAUCAACCCGAAUGCGGUUGCAAAGUCGCGGUUAACUCGGGCAUGUGCUGAAUGCAAGAAGCACAAGAUCAAGUGUUUUGUACAGCCUGGUCAGACCGCAUGCAAUAAAUGCCUGAGAAGUGGUGUGCAUUGUGUUCCUCAUAACUUUGCUCAAAAGUUCAUAGAUGAAGAUUCCGCAUGGAAAGCAGAAACUACUGCGACGAUAGAGCAUCUCCAGAAUACCAUCGAAUGCCUCCUCCGCCAUAGCAAACUCCCAGGACUGCCAAAUCCAGACGCCACAACAUCAGCACUACAUUCCCUUCCAGAACAAGAACGAGAUCGUGGCCCACCAUCAUCAUCCAUGCAGGAGCUGUCGCCCCUGGCUACCGUCCAUUCAGAAUCUGCAAGAGCAAAUUUCACUCCAGAAGGCCCAUCUGUCGGACUGAGUGGACCAAACGACGAUUCCGACCUGGUCCCCCUCCCCAUGAACCAUCUCUACAACCUCACCGACCCAGAUAAAUCACAAUUAAUUCGGGUUGAUCCUGCUGAGGUCAAUGGGCCAGAUUUUAUCAGCCAGGGAGUACUGCCAGUCUCCGAAGCUGAGUUUCUCUUCAACCACUAUCGAUGCUAUAUAAACCCUCUUCUUUGGGACGGAAUGCUGUGCUCGCAUCAAACCCUGCACGACGCACGACAGUCUUCAUCACUACUAGUCGCCGUGGUACUCACAGUCGCCGCUUUGCACAUCCCAAACCGGGAAAAGUCCCUGCACGCAACCUACGGAGCAUUCGUAUCCCUAAUGAGAGGCUCCUGUCUGCUACGAUGUCAAAAUCUUGACGUGCUUCGCGGUCUCUGCAUUGGAGCUUUCUAUCUAACAAGUUUAAGCUGGGCACUCUGCAGUCGGGCCGUCCGCGUAGCAACAGAAAUGAACCUGCACAAGUCCUCCCUCCAGUUCGCCCGAGGCUCACUUGAAUCUUACGAGCGUGUCCGUCUCUGGUAUGUCCUGUACAUAUGCGACCACCAGUUUGCACUCGCGUACGGACGCCCGCCCAUGAUGCACGAAGACGCAGCCAUCCGCAAUUCCGAGAAGCUACUCACAAGCGGACUGUCCUCGAAAGGAGACACCAGUCUCGUUGCACAGGUCAAGCUCUUCCGCGUCUUAGCGAGUGGGUACUUUAUGCAUGGGUGUGAUCCAGAUCUGGAACUAAGCGGACAAGACUUUGAAAGACUGAAGGAGUUUGAUAUAUCUGUUGAACAGUGGCGGCUCGAAUAUCAGAUCAAGGAAGUCGGUUCUACGCGAGCGAGCUUGAUACCUCCAGCAGCAACGGCACUAUAUUACCAUCUCGCCCGGUUCCAGCUCAACUCUAUUGCUCUUCGGGGCAUUAGCGCCAGGGAUACUUCUCAAGACAAUAACACCGCAACAAAUCUAACGCUAGACAUGAACUGGGACCGCCAAGAAGCAUCCAACAUCGCCAUUCGUGCAGCGAUGAGCACCGCAAAAUUGAUCGUAGAAGACGCCGGUCUGCAAAAGGUCCUUGUCUGGCUACCGAUAUUCACACACGCCAUGGUUGCUGUUUGCGCAUCAUUCCUGCUCAAAAUGGCGGUCGUGUUUGGCGAUCCCGUCGCAGGAAAUGAUGGCAUUCUAUUACUCCCGAAGGACCUCGCAAAAUAUGGACUAAACUUUCACACAGAAACAGCGUUGGAUUAUGUCGAGCAACUUGUAAGGGUGUUGGGUCAGAUCGCUGAUAAUGCAAGUCAACGCCAUGUUGCCAGACAGAUUAGCACGGGGUUGGGGGAGCUGUUGCAGCGGUUCUCGCCUGGUAGGGACCAGGAUAGUUUUAUCUAUUUCUUGCGGAGGAAUAGGGAAAAUAUCGGUUCAAUGCAAAUCAACGGCAUGAUAAGGAAUGGAGCUACGGGAGGGAGCGAACGGAAUGAGAUCAUUCACAGGAUGGAGCGCAGCUAUAGCACUGAUGCGUUUGAAGGAGAUGGAGAUGACGGGGUACACGGUGAGAAUGUGAAUGGUCGGCAACAAGACCCAUUUGAUCUUACGGGGGACUUAGAUUGGCGGUUUGAUGAUGGAUUUCUCUUUGGCAUUGAUGUGAUUGACUUUGAAUUUGACGUUCUGUAA